CUUCUUACCAAGAUCAAGGCUUUGUAUGAUAAUACUCCAAAGCAUCCUGGAGAAGGCACAAGUUCGAAAAACAUCCAUGUUCAAAUAAGUCAAAUGCAUCAUGGAGAAGGCUCAAGUUCAAGAAACAUCCAUGGUCAAACAAGUCAUAUGCUCUGCCAUGAUUAUCAGUCAACCUCCCGUUUGGCGGCAUUGCCUGAUAAGUUGAGCUUAAGAGAGGACCAUAAUGAUGCAAUCAUGCAACAAUUAUCUGAUGUUCCACCUGAUGAGAGAACUUUGUUCGUGACAUUUUCCAAUGGUUACCCACUGACCAAAGAUGAACUAUAUGAAUUUUUUAUGAGCCACUAUGGAGAUAUUGAAGAAAUAAAUAUAGAGGUGCCAUUCGAAGACAGGCCACCUUUAUACGCACACGUUACAUUUCAUUCGCAGCUGACACUCUUCCGUGUCCUAGAUGGGAACAUCAGAGUCAACUUCAUGACCUGCAGCGGAAAACAUAUACGGGCUCGACAGUUUGUGCCGAAGAAGAAGAAAUAAACUGAAGUGUGAUGAUCUAUAUAUGCCAAGCAUUCUGGAGGCAUACUCGAAUAGAAUCUGCACUGCUAAGAUUAUUUUUGUCCCUUCUGCACCUUAAUUACCCAUUUAUGACCUAGAUUUAUGGGCAUUGUUCUGAACUUCCGGUAUAUGCCAUUGCGAGGACUUAAAUUUGUACUUGUCAAGUUUACAAAUUUAUA